UUUCUCAUAAGCUAAACUACUUUCACACUUUUGCCCGCAAACGAAAGUCAAACCUCUCCCUUCUUCCUCAUACAACUCUCCAAGAACUAAUUUCUCUGUUCCAGAAAAUCCAAAUUCUUCGCAAUCUCCAUUGAAGAAUUUGUAUUCACAACAACGAGUUCCAUAUCCUUAUUCCUCUCUAUAUACUCUCACCAAUACUAAAUCAGUUUGACCAAAGAAAUUCGAGUUUGGAAUUGUUGCGAUGGCAGAAGCUGUUGUGUCGACUGCUCUGGAAACCUUGCGCGAUUUGUUGGUGGAUGAAGCAAGGUUUUUAUCUGGUGUGGGUGACCAAGUGAAAGAGCUCGAGAUCCAGCUCAAAGAGAUGAAGUGUCUUCUCAAAGAUGCCGAAAGAAGACGACAUGAAAAUGAAACCAUUUUCAAUUGGAUCUCAGAGAUCAAAGAUCUUGUGUACAUAGCAGAAGCUGCCAUUGAAAGACACGCAGCUCAUCAAGUGACUUCAAGGAGAAGACGAGGCCUCAGACAGCUCGUCCGCAAAUGUAGUUGUAGUUUAGAAGAAUACAAGUCGAUCCACCAAUUAGGCUCCGAGAUUUCACCGAUCAAAUCACGACUUGAAAGGAUAAACAAGGAAAUGUUAGAGAGUGGCAUAAAGAAGAGCAUCAUCAACAAUACAGAUGAAGGGGAAAGCUCGUCCGCCAACAACAGAGCAAGGAAGAGCUUCCCCGAAUUCGAGAUCGGAGAGUGUUUUGUGGGGAUGAAGGACGAGCUCAAGCAGCUUCUUCAUCUCCUAUUGGAAGACGAAAAGCAUCGAGUAAUUUCAGUGUGGGGAAUGGGGGGAUCAGGCAAGACCACCAUUGCCAAAAAGCUCUACAACGAGACCAACACCAGCUUUGAUCUUUGCGCAUGGGUUUGCAUUAGUCAGCAAUGUCAGAGUUUUCAAUCAGUUUGGAAUGAUGUUCUCAUGCAGCUACAGCAUCAAAACACGAAGGAUGGGCCAAAAAUAAGGAAGGAUGUUACAAGUUUGAGCGAGUGGGAGUUGAAGGAGCGACUAUGCAAGAUACAAAGAGAGAAGCGAUGUCUCAUUGUUUUUGACGAUCUUUGGAAAAUUUCUGAUUGGGAUGACUUUAAGCAUCCCUUCCUUGUCCAAGAUUUGCAGAGCAAAAUCUUGAUCACCACGCGCGAACGUGAAGUUGCAGAGAUUGGAUGCCCUGUGAAACUUGGGUUUCUAAAAGAGGAAGAUGCUUUGGAAUUACUCAAGAAGAAAGCAUUUCCCCACACCAACAUUCCAGAAUUUGCAUUGGAAGAAAAUCUUGAGAAAAUUGGAAAAGAAAUGGUGCAGAAAUGUGGGUAUUUGCCGUUGGCAAUUUCUUUACUCAGUGGGGUCUUGAGAAAGAAAAAAUCGAUGAUGGAGUGGGAGUUAGUCAAAGAAAUCAUAUAUAGAGAUGAAAAGGAGAUUGAUUGAGUGCUAAAUUUAAGCUAUGAAAGUUUACCCUAUUAUUUGAAGCCUUGCUUUCUCUAUAUGGGUAUAUUUCAAGAGGACCAAACCAUAUAUGGUAGGCAACUAUAUUUGAUGUGGAUAGCACAAGGCAUGAUUUCAUAUGAGAAUAUUGGAGACAAGGACAAAACUUUGAUGGAAAUUGCCGAGCUGUACUUGGGUGAGUUGGCCUCCAGGUCCAUCGUCCAACUUCAAAUUAAUUACGAUGGUGUCACAAUCUGCAAACUUCAUGAUGUAGUAAGAGAACUAUGUUUGAAAUUGGGGAGAAGUGAGGAUUUUGGUGCGCAGAGUUUGGAGUAUCAAAGUGGGAAAGCUUCCUCGAAUAGGAAAAUACGGCAUUUGGCUAUACAUUUCAGGAAGGAAGUUCAAGUGGAACCUGACGAGCUUACACUCACUUGGGGAGAAGAUAGUAGUGAACAUUUAAGGUCUCUUCAAAUGUUCAGUCACAUAAAUUCGGGUGUUGUUGAGUUUCCCCCGCAAGGUAUUGUUGAUUUUCAGAAAUUCAAAUUGCUGAGAGAUCUAGGUAUGGUGGGAUUCAAAUUUGAAGGAAGAAAGUUACCAAAAGGGAUCACUAAUCUGGUUCACCUUAGA